AUGGGAAAUACUUCACCGCAAAGAAAUUCGAUUCGAUCAAUAGCAACAACAACAACAAGUACAAAUGAAUCAAUACAAUAUCCAAAAUUAAAAAAAUCUCGUAGUUUACGUGAAUAUACUAGAAAUACACCAUUAAUUAAUAGUAGUAAAAACAGUAAUAGUAGUCGAAAAAAUACAUCAUUAAUAAGACCAAGAUCAAUGGCACCGACCGAUGCUGAAAUAUUUGAUAUUCGUAGUUUACGUUGUGCAUUACCUCUAUCGGAUAUAUUAAUCAAUGAUGACGCAUCAAUAACAAAUAAAAAUCAUGAAAAUGAAAAUCAAUUAAUGAAACAACUUGAUUAUAUUCAUUCUUGUGUACGAAAAGAUAAAGGUUUAUUUGGAAUGAUGACUGAAAAUAUUCAAAGUAAACAUAUUUUUUCUAAUAAUGAACCUGAAAAUACACAUACAUUAGAACGAACACCAGAAGAUUUUCAAAUGGAUUAUCAAUCAAUUUAUUUACAAACACUUGAUGGAGAAUUUAUACAUGCUUAUUGGAUACAACAAUCAGAUGAUAUUAAUUCAACAACAACACUUUUAUAUUUACAUGGUGCAGGUGGAAAUAUAUCACAUCGACUUGAAGUUUUACGACUAUUUUAUGAAAAUCUUCAUUGUAAUAUUUUAAUUAUUGAUUAUCGAGGUUUUGGUAAAAGUACUGGUUCACCAAGUGAACUUGGUCUUUAUAUAGAUGCUCAAACAGCAUAUGAUUAUUUAAUAUAUAAACAAAAAAUUUUGCCGGAAAAUAUAAUUGUUUUUGGUACAAGUCUUGGUGCAUCUGUAGCUAUACAACUUGUGAGUGAUCCAUUAAAUCGUGUUAAAGUAGCUAUAUUUGAAAAUGCUUUUAUAUCAGUACCGGAAAUCGCUAAAUAUUUUUUAACAUAUGCUAAAAGUGUUAUUGGUGUAACAAAAUCAAUUGGUUUUAUUUAUUUAUUUGAUUCAUUACCUAAAGUACGUCGUAUUGAAUGUCCAUGUAUUUAUUUAACCGGUUUACUUGAUCCUAUUAUUCCAACAUGGAUGUCCAAUACAUUGUAUAAUGAAACACGUUCAGCUAGAAAACGUCAUUUAUUUGAAUAUCCAUUUGGUAAACAUAAUGAUUUACCAAUAAUGCCAGAUUAUUUUGAAAAUAUACAAUCAUUUAUUAAUGAAUUACCUUUAACAAAACCUUCAACUGAACAACAAUCGGUGCUGAGAUAA